AACAUAAUCAAAUCGUCCAAAACCGAAACACAAGCAACAAGCACUAAUUUUAUAAAGAACAUUAGAAAAAUGGAGGCAUCAAAGAAGCUUGUUGCAAUGUUUCUACUAUGCAUUGUUAUGAUUUCUUCAUCGCUACACGUCUCCAUGGCUGACGGAGAAAGUAAAACAGAAAAAUUCAAAAAAGCAUUUACCGUUGUUGCAACUGAAUACACAGUUUGUUACAAUAUUUGUCAGAAAGUAUGCGCCGAUGCAGGAUUCGGAUACACUCAUUGUGAAAUGAAGUGUGACGAAGAUUGUACAGCUGCAUUGCUUAAAGAGAAACUCCAAAAAAUGAAGAAUUAAAGACGUGGAAAUUAUGGACCAAAUGAUGCAAAUGUAGUGGGAAAAAGAGAAUAAAAAACAAUGAGUUCUUUUUUUAAAAAAAAAAAAAAGAUAUUU